CUCCCCUCUUUCAAGGCACCCUGCGCGACCUCUCACCAUUGGCCAAGUCCCGGAGCCCUCAGCAUCUCCAUCACGGCUGAAGGGACCAUUCGGGAAAGCAGGAGACAGAGGUGGACGACACUAUGAGGAUGCUCGUGCGGCUCGUGUUGGGACUCUUCGUCCUCAAAGCGGUGGUGGCGGGCCCCCGAUUUUCCCGACAAGCGGACUUGGACACGUACGACAGCGCCAACUAUGAUGUGGAUCUAGACAAUUUAAAUUUGGAGAACCAGGAUAUCUAUGACUAUGAAGAUGGGCUGACGAUUGAUGAUCCUCAGAUAGAGAUUGGAACACUGGCCCCACCUGACUAUAACUACCCUGUACCUGAGGCCUCGUUGGAAGAACAAGUAGAAGAAGAGGAGGAAGUGGAAGAAGAGUUGCCCCUAACACCCCAGCUCAUCCCUCAGGGUUCAGGGGGAUCUGGGGUUCUCAUGGGCCCAGAGACACAGAAAGAGGUGGAGCUGCGUCUGACGCCCAUUGACAUCCUUCAUGUGUCCGGGGAUUUUGGGGGCUCCGUUGGGUCUGGGGCCUCGGGUGCUUCUGGGGCUCCUGGGUCUGGAGGCUCAGGAGACCUACUGGUCUCCGGCGGCUCUGGGGGUUCUGGUGAUAUUAUCCUGAUCUCCGGAGCCUCUGAGGAGCUCCUUACCUCUGGGGGAUCUGGGGAGUUCUUGUUAUCUGGGGAUGUCUUGAUAUCUGGGGAUCACUCAGGAUCAGGAGAUAUUUCCGGAGCUUCUGGGGACCUUGGCUCUGGAAUUGCUAUUGAAUUCCCCCUGGGCUCUGGGGACCAGUCUGGCUCUGGGUUCUCCGGAGAUCUGUUGAUCUCAGGGGCCUCUGGGGUUUCUGGGGACUCUGAGGAGGAGCUGCCCCUCAUUCCCGAGCCUAUCCCUAGCGAGGCAUCGGGUGCUUCAGGGGAGUUCUCAGGAGCUUCAGGAACCUCAGGGGCCUCUGGAGAAUCCGGAGACUUCUCUGGGGUUUCUGGUGUCUCUGCCUCAGGAGACGCAGAGGUCCCUGAGGUAACUCUGGUGACUGACACUGAUAAAGAGGAGGGGCUGCUUCCGACCACACCAGAAACCCCUCAGGAGGGUACUGGCGGUGUAGAAGGGUCAGUGAGCUCUGGCGAACCUGACGAGCCUGAUGAGCCUGUGAUUGACAGGAAAGGUAUGCCCACUUGCUUGCUGUGCACGUGCCUCGGUGGUUCGGUCUACUGUGAUGACUUGAAGCUGGAUAGCGUUCCACCUCUUCCCAAAGGCACCACUCACUUCUACGCUCGCUACAACAGAAUCACCAAGAUCAACAAGUCCGACUUUGCAAACAUGAGCAAGCUGAAGAGGAUUGACUUAACCGCCAACGAGAUCAAGUCUGUAGAUGACAAAGCAUUUUUGGGUCUGCCUGCGCUGGAGGAGCUGGUGAUUCGAGAAAACCAUGUCUCACAGCUGCCUGCUCUCCCAGAGACCAUGAGCCUGAUCGAUGCCAGCCAUAACAACAUUGGCACCAAGGGUAUUCACAACGAGGCGUUCAAGGAUAUGACGAACCUGCUGUACCUGUACCUAACAGACAACCACAUUGACUACAUCCCCGUGCCUCUACCAGACAGCCUGCGAUCUCUACACCUACAGCGUAACAAUAUUCAAAUGAUGCACGAGGACACGUUCUGCAACCUGAAAGACUUCAACUACAUCAGGAACGCGCUGGAGGACAUCCGUCUGGACGGCAACCCCAUCAACCUCAGCAGGACCCCGCAGGCUUACGUCUGCCUGCCCCGCAUACCCAUCGGGGAUCUCGUUUAACCACACAGACACAUACCUUACACUCUUGCACACAGACUCCCACCAGUACAACCACAUGCACACAUCUUUGUACAUAUUGACACACACACAGUCACACACACAGACAUGCAUACCAUUGAUCUCAAACUAUCAGUUAAUUACACACUGCCGUACAUGCUGCUGACACAAUUUAUGUUUCGUGAACAUCCACGAAAAAUUCUGCGUCAGAAUCUGGUGAUCAAGCACAUACACACUGCUCGCUCUAUGUCUUCCUGUUUAGACCAGGUAGAACACACACACACGCACACACACACACCGGCACCAACCAAAAUGCAUGUACACACACAUACAAACACACACUCACACACAAGAACUUUGUCAAAAGCCAAACUGUUCCGUAACUUGAUUAGGAGUAAACAAUAGGUGGCAUUCAGAGAAAUCAGUUUAUUAAGAACCCUCGGAUGGCAUGUAUGUGUCUGUUUAGUGUCUGUUCAUGACUGGCAGAGAAAUAACAAACCAGUAACAUUGUUUUAAAUAUGUUUGUUUUGUAAAAAUAAUAAUAAUAAUAUUAAUUUUAAUGACAAAUCUAACACUUUUGGAAAUGUAUACUAGCAUAAACUUAUUGAAGCUUAAUGGAGGUAAAUUGAGUAUCUAAUGCAAUAAAAGACGCAUUUAAACACAAUCAUUUGUUGUAAAGUCUGUACUGUAAUAUAAAAAUAUAUAUUCUGGAAAAAAAAAGAUUUUUUACAUGAACUGCAAUAUUUGGUAUAUUACAUUUUCAAAAAGUGAUGUUUUAACCAUGCACAAUAGCAAAGACUCUAAUGUCUGGAGUCGAUCAAGUCAAGACUAUUGUUUGAUUUGGGAGGGAGGGGUUGUUGAUUUUGAUUGUGGAUGGGGUUAAGAAGAAUAAUGCUAAUAGCUUGCUAUUGUGUGCUCUGUAUGGAAUAACCACAAGUGAAUAAAGUUGUUUUGAAGACCUCUCCGAACCAGGAGUGGCUCAACGUUUUCAUUGACGACUUGUAGGUGGAGUAUACGGUGCAUUUUAAAGGAUGUGCAGUGGAGGUCGACUGAUGGCGGAUUGUUAAAGGCCGAUAUCGUGACGAUAGUUUGGAGCAGGAAAAAGGCGAUAAGACAGUUAACUGGCCGAUAUGUCUUUGCCCCAAACCCCAGGAGGUUUUUUUUUGUUUUGUUUUUUUUAACCAUGUCUGAAACAGGGUUGCAACAGUAGAUUUUCACAGUAUGAUAACCGUCUAUCAGUCAGACAAACAUUUUAUUACUAUAACCGAAACUUGAAACCAUUUUCUUAAUGGAAGUUUGUGUAAAAAGUCUCGCCUUAACUAAAAUAAAGGGGAGAUUCUCUGUCCAGUUGCUUUUUUUUCAGUAUCAUAGAUAAGCAAACAUACUACUAAGAAAAUGAACUGAACAAUAAAUACGUAAGUAAAACUAUGUUAUAUCUGGAUCUGAAGAUCAAACUUGAGGUAAUUCAUAAACACAUCUCAAACUGAGCGCAAAAUAAAAAAUGUAUGUGAUUAUUUUUCUCAAUCAGCCUGAGAUUCUCUGGUACUCUACAUUUCUGUGUAAAGACUCAACACAAAACAGUAAUCAGAGAUGGGCAGUAUUUCUGUUACUUGUAUUUGAAACACAAACUUCAAUUACUUUCGAGGACUUUGUAAUCGGUAUAAAUUCAAAUCUAAUUUGAAACAAGAUACUUUAGAGCAGGGGUCUCAAACUCACGGCCCUCCAGACCAUUCUGUACGGCCCGCUAUUUGAUAUGAAUUUAUAGUGAAAUCCAGCCCGCUGUGGCCUUGAACGCAGCCUUGUGCGACUGAGGAAAAAUUCCCGAUUCUGUUUUUGAUCCUUCAGCGCAUCAUCCCCCGACCCUUCAACGCAUCACCACACCUGAAACAAACAUUUGGCACACUGCUAACACUAUCAAACAUUGUAGCUUACAAUGGCCAAAAGAAAGGUUGACGCUGAGUACAGAGUGUUUCAGGAGAAGUGGAAGACUGAUUAUUUCUUCGUCGAGUUUAAGGGGAAUGCCACCUGUCUCAUCAGCAAUGAGAAAAUUGCCGUGUUUAAGUAGUACAAUCUAAAGCGGCAUUAUUCAGCUAAACAUGCAGAGCAGUAUGCUAAGUACCAGGGAGAUGAACGGACACAACGAGCUGCACAGCUAAAGAAAGGACUGUCAACACAACAAAACUUCUUCCAGAGAGCAAGAAAUGAGUCCGAUGCAGCACUUGAAUCAAGUUACGUUGUCAGUGAGAUGAUCGCCAAAUCGGGAAAGCUGUUUACUGAAGGUCUGUUUCUGAAAGACUGCAUGGUACAAGUUGCAAAUAUUGUCUGUCCAGAAAAAACGAGUCAGUUCAGCAACAUCAGUGCGACAGCUAACACAGUGGCAGAGCGCAUUACUGAGCUAUCAGGUGACAUUUAUGAACAGUUACGUGACAAAUGCAAACGUUUUCGUGCAUUCUCUGUGGCACUGGAUGAAAGCACAGACAUUAAUGACAUGGCUCAGCUUGCCAUUUAUGUCCACGGUAUUAAUGACCAGUUCCAAUUCUGUACUCAAAGCCAAGUUCAGCGAGGCAGGUGGAAAAGAAGACAAGCUUGGUCAAUUUCUGAGAGAACUACCCCCAUCCUUCCCAGAGCUUUCCAGGAUGUUCAAGAGGACCAUGUGCCUUUUUGGAAGCACAUAUCUCUGUGAAAAACUAUUCUCCACUAUGAACUUUAAUAAAUCAAAGACUAGGUCCAGACUCAGUGAUGCUCAUCUUCAAGCCAUAUCGAGGGUUUCAGCUGAAGUACAGUUGUUCAAACAGUUGAACGUUUGUUUGUUUUUUAUUUCAACUUUUUGUGGAAUACUUGAAGUGGCCCCCUUGUGACAAGACUGCAUGCUCAGCGGCCCUCAGGUAAUUAGGGUCCGGGCAGCUAAGCUGCCAGGACACUACGGUAAUCCUAGUUAUUCUUCUUCUUUCUUCUUCUGAGGAAAUCAUACUUCCCAUGGGUGAAAACGCACCAAACUUUGC